UCGGCAGCCGGAGCUGCAGCAGUCCGCGGGCAGGGAGCGCCCGCCGCCGCCGCUAUGGCCCACUCGGUGGUCCUGCGUGGCCCUUCGCCGUGGGGCUUUCGCUUGGUGGGCGGUAAAGACUUCAGCGCCCCGCUGACCAUCUCCAGGAUUAACCCUGGCAGUAAAGCAGCCAUGGCAGACUUGUGCCCAGGAGACAUUAUUCUGGCAAUUAACGGAGAGAACACGGACAACAUGACACAUCUAGAAGCUCAGAACAAGAUCAAAGCAUGUGUGGACCAGCUGCUGCUCUCUGUGAACAGAGCUGAAGGGAAGACCUGGUCCCCCCCUGUCCUGGAAGAUGGCAAGGCUCAAGCAUACAGGAUCAACAUCGAGCCGGACCCACAGGACAGUGGCCCUGCCCAGAGCAGGAGGUCGAUGCCCCAUGGGUCUGGGGGCAGCCCUGUGGACAGCAAGCAGAUGCUGAACGUGCAGCAUCACCAACCAACCCGGCUUUACGCCAGCAACAGCCCCGAGUCAGCCCUUCCAGGCCAGCUGAGCGGACUCCACAUCACUCCUGCCCACAGCAUUGACCCCGUGAAGUCUCUCCCACGGAACAGAAAUGGGAUUGAUGUGGAGUCAGAUGUCUACAAGAUGCUUCAGGAUUAUGAAAAGCCCAUUUCAGAGCCAAAGCAGUCUGGAUCCUUCCGGUACUUGCAGGGCAUGUUGGAGGCCAGUGAGAAUGGUGAAAAACUCGACAAACUGAGCAACCCCCGGAACAUCAAAUCCCCGGUGCCAAAGCUUGGUGGCCCCAUGUCUGGGCUGCAGAUGCUUCCCGAGUGCACCCGCUGCAGGAACGGGAUCGUGGGCACCAUCGUCAAGGCUCGGGACAAGCUCUACCACCCCGAGUGCUUCAUGUGUGACGACUGUGGCCUCAACCUGAAGCAGAGAGGCUAUUUCUUCAUUGAGGAGCAGCUGUACUGCGAGACGCAUGCCAAGGAGAGGGUUAAGCCCCCCGAGGGCUAUGACGUGGUGGCUGUUUAUCCAAACGCCAAAGUUGAACUCGUCUAAGCCUGGGCUGUGCUCUGGAGAGGUCGGGUGGCCCACCCACGUCCUCCUGCCUGCAAGCAGUGGGGCUCUAAUCAACCCCGAUUACCAAAGCCCAAGUUCAAAUGCCUUUUCCUAGAUAAAACCGUUUACACUUGGGAUCUCCGGGAAAUGGUGUUGAAAGCAUUCAAACAGGUUUUGCCCUUCUUUUUGACACUCUGCUUUUUGCUGUGUUGGGUUAUUAGUCUAUGCUGUAAUCUUAUCCAAGAUCUGUGUAAAUAUUGAUUAAUUCUCUACUCUCUUUCAUAUAAAACCUGUAUUCCUUUU